AAAGCUCGUUAACCUCAAAAGUGUUAAACAAUCUUGAAACGUCAACAUCGAUAUAAAAAAGUAAUUUAUUAGUCAUCCCACAUUGAAUCAUUCGUCGGCAAAAUUCGGAAAUUUUUGUAAAAAUAUAUAAAAAUAGAUCAGAGUGUUUCUAGAAGAUUGGAAAUUUUGUAUCCAACUAACAUUUGUCAUUAGUAGUUAUAUUUGAUCAAAAUGAGUGUACUGGGUUUUAGUGAUAUUAUAAAUGGACCGUUAGCUCAGUAUCUACAAAUUUCCGCCCAAAUUGGUGGAGAUGUUGCAGAACAUUCAAAUUUGGUUAAAAAUGCCUUCAAUGCCCAAUUCCAAUUUCUACAAUUAGCAAGCCAAUGCGCCCAACCUUCUUCCAAUGACUUGAUCAACCUCUUGCAACCUACUAGUGAAAAUAUUCGACUGAUCCAGGAUUACCGAGAAAAACACCGCACUUCACAAUAUUUUAACCAUUUAUCAGCUAUUAGUGAAAGUAUUCCUGCAUUGGGAUGGGUUACAGUAAGUCCUGCUCCUUUUCCUUAUGUAAAAGAAAUGAAUGAUGCUGGUCAGUUCUACACUAAUAGGGUAUUGAAAGACUGGAAAGAAAAAGAUAAGAAACACUUUGAUUGGGUUAAAGCUUGGAUUCAGACUCUUGGUGACCUUCAGGCAUUUGUUAAACAAUAUCAUACAACUGGAUUAGUAUGGUCAGGCAAAGCUGCAGCUCCAAAAGGCGGAGCUCCUCCACCACCUCCUCCAAGUUGUCCUCCACCACCACCAGUACUUGAUGUAGACAUUAUGGGAGGCGCUGGAGACGCAGAUCGUUCAGCUCUCUUUGCCGAAAUCAACAAAGGGCAAGAUAUUACCAAGGGUUUGAAAAAAGUCACCUCAGAUAUGCAGACCCACAAAAAUCCUACUCUUAGACAAGGACCAGCGCCUUUCAAGCCUACUGCGCAGCCUACAAGUGUAUCUUCCGUGAAACCUAUCGAUAAGCCUCCAAGUUUUGUUCAAGAUGGUAAAAAGUGGAUGAUUGAAUAUCAGAAAGGUAAUCACAAUCUUCUUGUUGAAAAUGCAGAGAUGAAUAAUGUAGUCUAUCUAUUCAAAUGUGAAAAUUCCACUGUACAAGUUAAAGGCAAAAUCAAUUCCAUUACAUUGGAUUCUUGCAAGAAAACUUCAGUGGUUUUCGAUACCCUCGUUUCUUCCAUGGAAUUCAUCAAUUGCCAGUCAGUUCAAAUGCAGGUACUUGGGAAAGUUCCUACUAUAUCUAUCGAUAAGACCGAUGGUUGCCAGAUUUACUUGAGUCCUGAAUCAUUAGAUGUGGACAUAAUCAGUUCAAAGUCAUCAGAAAUGAACGUUUUAAUACCAAAGGGAGAUGGUGAUUAUACUGAAAUUCCAAUUCCUGAACAAUUCAGAACUAAGGUCAACCCUAUCACCAACACCCUUAACACUGUUAUUAUUGAAAACAAAGGUUAAACUUGGAAUUAUUGGUAUUAUUUCACAAGUUAUAUUUACAUCUAACAAAUUUUAUGUUAUUUUAAUUUUCGAUCAGUAUUUUUUGCAGGCCGUCUCUAAGAUUAAUUUUUUUUUUAUUUUAAGUAGACUAGUUUUGAAAGUCAUUAUUGAUAUUUUAUAAGCUUUUCAUCAAAUUAGAGUAAAAUGACAUAAUUGUAGUUCCUUUUUAUUUUAUUCCUUAAUAAUUAAGAAAAUUCCUUCAAUAGUGCAAUACUUUUUUGUAACUAUCCCUUUUAAAUCUAGAACUGCCCCAUUUUUUAUAAGUUAAUAAUUUAUGUAAAUAAAAUUUGUUAGUAGUAAAUUAUAUUAGAUUAAAUGAUAUUUAUAAUAAUAAUAAUAUAAGCAAUUUCGUACAUUUAUAAAAACAGAUUUCUAGUGAAAAUACAUAAUUUUCUUUGUUUGAAUAUAUUUAGCGUAUACCCAAAAUACUGUUUUAUAAUUUGUAAUAGUUUUCAAUAAAUUUAAUCUUCAAUUGAAUAAAUAGAGAAACAUAUGUUAUUAUAUCAAGUCAGUAGUAGUUCAAAUGUACCACAGGUUGUUUUAAUUUUAUUUCCACCAUAUUAGACGUUAAAUAUUUUUAAUUUUAUUUAGUAACUGAACUGGCAUCUAUUUUAGAUUUUCUGAAAACUCUUGGCAAAUAUACUUUUAGAUGGCAUUCGAAACAUAAAAUAAUAUUGAAGUGAAAAUUAGAAAAAAAUAGUUUUCUUUAGUUACAGUCUUGAUUAGAAAUAAACUUAUUAAUGGUAAAUGGUAUUUUGGGAGUUUGAUAGGUAAACUUUUUGUCAUAUUAACCCAGUUUUAAGCCUGAAAGGAUUUUAAAACUUUAGUAAUAGUAAUAAUAUUAAUGAGAAUAUAAAUGAAGUUGGUGUUUGCGUACGUAAUAUUAAAUUAGUCAACGGGAGUGGAUACAUAUUUCAUAUCAAUGAAUUAUAGUGUAUUUUACAUUUGUUUGCUUAUUUUACGCUGCAUAUUAUAACUUAUCCUGCCAUACAUUGUGCUUUUAAUAAAACAUUAAAAAAUAGGAGUUGUUUCACUUUUACUCACCCAGUAUUAUUAAGUCCAAUUUUUUUAAUUAAAAUUCAGUAGCAUCUCGAAUGUCUGACUAGUUUCUUUAGAGUCUUCUAUCCUGUUGAGGUUCCAAGAGUGGUUGGAGUAAGAGAUUGAGGUGCAGUUCUAAUCUGUUGCAGUAUUUUGUACUCUUAAUAUGCGAUUGUUUCUUGUAUGUAGGGGAUUUUUAAGUGUUCCUGAAAAGUUUUGAUUGAAACAUACCAUGGAGCAUGUUUAUCAGACAUAGAAUUUGGGGUUAGUUUUUUUGGAUAAUAUUUGUAUUAAAUUUGAUGGUAUAACCCCAUAACUGUAUACCAUACGUCCAAAUUGGCUUUAAAUGAUUUGUUUUCCAGUUCCAGUUUUGAUUUUCUUCCUAGUAACCAGUACAAAUCUUUCAUUUUAAGUCAAUUUGUUUUUGCUUCUUAAGGUUAUGUUCAUUUCACAAAUAUUGGGAAGUUGUUGGAAAUGCUUUCAUUCAUUCUUGUUCUUAAGUAGGUGGUUGAAAUUUGUUUUUUAAUUUUGUAGAUUAAACCCCUAUGCCAGACCUUAUCGAAGGCUUGGCUGACAUCUAGGAAAACCGAUGUUUGAGCGUUGGUUACUGUUCCAGUAGUAGUUAUUCCUUCAUUACAUAUCACAUAAUCUUCAAAUUAAACUUCUAUAUGUUUCAGUUUUACAAUCUACUUCCAUAUCAGUUUCAAGAGCUUCUUCAGAAGUUGUUUGUACCACAGCCUUCGAAUCAGUUUAAAAUUGUCAUCAUUUUCCUAACAAUUUCCUUUCUGCAACAGAUUUCUAAAUUUUUAUCAUUCCUGGGUCUAAAGGAAGAUGUAUUAGCUGGUAAAGAUCUAUCUUUAAUUUUUCUAUAGCUAUUCAUAUUGGUAGAGAUUUAUAAUCAGAAAACAACGAGAUUUUUUAGCCUUUCCUAUAACUGUUUAAUUUUUUCAGUACCUGCCAUAUUCGUAGUAAAAAUAUUGUUAAUCGCUGUGUACUGUACUUACCAUCACAAUCCCUUUUAUUUAAAAAAAUUAGCGUUUUAUUAGGAAGCACAAGAGAAAAAAAAGUCUAAUAUCGUCAGUAUCUUUUGGUUUAUAAUCCCUAAGUAAAGUCCACAACUCAUUUUUCUAUUCAUCACAUAAUUCAUUAUUUACACUUGCACUUUAACCACAAAUCUUCUUAAAUACAAGGUCAUGACGCUUUUUAAAAAAAUUAUAAACUAACCAUUGCUGGCUUGAAAUGAACUGUGCCCUUCCAGUGGUUUAAAAAAUUCUUUGGAUUUUUGAACACUGUUUGUACCAGAUGAUUAAAAAUUUUAUAUCAG